UCUGGUACAAUUCUUCACUCCAUUCUUCCAUUGGCAUGACUCCCUUCAAGGCCAUGUUUGGGCAUGAACCCCGACAUUGGGGAAUUACUACAACUACAGCGUGCUCGGUACCGUCACUUCAGUCCUGGUUGGACGAACGCGCUGUCAUUCAGGGCCUGCUGCAACAGCACUUGCAGCGUGCUCGGCUCCGCAUGAAGCAACAGACUAACCGUAAGCGUUCUGAGCGCAGAUUGGAAGUGGGGGACAUGGUGUUUCUGAAACUACAACCUUAUGUCCAGACGUCAGUGGCAAAACGGGCUAAUCACAAGCUUUCGUUCCGGUUCUACGGUCCUUUUCCUGUCAUCAGCAAGAUCAACGAGGUGGCGUAUAAGCUGGAACUGCCCCCGCAAGCCACGAUCCACCCGGUCUUUCAUGUUUCCAUGCUGCGUCGCGCGGUGCUCCCAGGUUCUGGUGCGCUAGUCGGAUUUAAACCAAGAUCGACGACACCUGGGAAGACAAGAAAGAGCUGCAAGCUCGUUUUCCAGCGGCUGAGGCUUGGGGUCAAGCCUCUUCUCAAGAAGGAGGGGAUGUCAGGCCCAGUACCACUCCUUGUCCUCCCAUCGUCAAGUAUACGGCCUCGGCGUGGGCUGGCCCGCAAGACGAAGGAAGCCCAACCCGCGGAACCAAGGCCCAGAGUGGGUGUGACCGAGCGGAGGCACCAACUACUUAAAGGCACACGCGCAGAAGGCCAAACCAUCCAGUGGAUCACGGCACCCGGCGGCGGCGGCUUCCUGUUCCUCUCCCGACCCCCUUGUGUACCACUCCUUGUAAUCGCUAUCAGAUACUCGAAUUCGUGAGCAAGUGCAAUAGAUCGUGUGAUAUACUACCUGGGUGCUAACAUUUUAUAAGGGCGUUGAAACUGUUGGAUGAAUUACAAAUUCCAUGGCCAUCUUUAGUAGAAAUGACGCGUAAGCGUCUAGUAAUCCCAACUAUGCAACCAUGCGUGCUAGCCUCAGAUGGCAGUGCUUGUUUAGUUUUG